AUGACAGACAAAACAUCAAAUUUUGACUUGGAUUCGAAUAACACUGGUAAUAAUCUUACUUUUAUGGAUGUAAUUGAUAUUUCCAUUUCAGAAUACUUCCAAAAUACCACACCUGCAAAAUGGUCAUUUGAUGAUUUUUCAAGGACAAUGAGGCUAUUCAUCAUGAAAGAAAAUAAAAGUACAAAUGAACUAUUCUCAAUAUGGCAUAAAAGAUUUGUAAUGCACUUAAAUUCAUAA